AUGAGCUUUAUUGCCGGUUUGACUGGAUGCUGCAUUGGUUUACUGACAAAGCUUUAUAGCAACUCUCUUCGCAAGUUGCCUUACAUGAGAGAGCCUUGGGAACAUCUGAUUUAUAUGGGCGUGGGAGGCUUCUCUUUCUAUUACGCCAAGAAGUUUAUCGAUAGAGAAAAGAACUCUCUGCGUACAAUGCUGGUUGACUUGGAUAGAGAGGAUGUUUACGGAACGCAAGAUAAGAAAAUUGAAUAAAGCACUGUUU